AUGUCUUCGAUCGAGCAUGCAGAUACCGGCGUGCAGAACAACGAACACGUCGCUCCUGCAUCCCCUCAAGUCCCUGAGGCAGCUCACAUAGAGCACGGUGUCCAGAACAAUUCUGCAGCAUCCCCUAACGAACAAGCUCCCGGUGCUCCACCGCCUAUCAUCAUCCAGCAGCCAGCAAGGAAGCAAUCCUUCGCGGAAGAGGUCGUCGGUUACGCCAAGGUACUGCGUCAGCCGGGAACUAAGGAGACCGGUGAGAAGAUCCUCAAGGGCGAGGCCACCUACAAUCCCAAGGACGCACCGCAAUGA